AUGGAGACGCGUCUGCAGCGCCUGCUGGACCGUGUGGGUGCCAGAGGCCGGCGUCGUACGGAUGGGUUUGUGAGACCUGAGCCCAGGGGUUUGGACAGUCGGUGGAGGAACAUCCUGGGGACGGCAGAGGGCACACCGCAGAGAGCGCUCUUCUCGGGGGAGGCAUUUUAUGGGGCACCGGGAGGAGUGGUGGCGUGGCCGGGGCUGGUGUCCUCCCCCGCCCCAAGGAGAGAUGGGGGCGAGUACUCACUGCAGCCCGUGGCCCGGGUCCCCGCUCGGACGGGUCAGGACUCCCGCCCCCUUCGCCCCUCACGCAGCAGCUCCCCCGUGGGUCUGCUGGAGACUGCUCGAAGCGGCACCCGCCUCAGCCACCCGGCCCCCCAGCGGCACGGAGGCGGGGGGGUGGCCGGGUGCCCCGACACGGGACGGCCCGGCGUGCUGGCAUCGCCCGGACGGCCGCCGCGUCUCCUUCCGCAUCUUCGUGAGCGAGGACUCGGCUGUCCCGAUGAGUCUCGGUGCUCAGACGGUCCCCCCAUGCAGAGGGGGCCUCAUCCUGAAUCUUGUGCCAGGACCCCCAGCUGCUUGCUCCCCUGGAGGGUGCCCAGUCCUGGAUUCAGCCAUUUCUCCUCCGGGGACCCUGGGUCCUUUGGGCAGCUUCCAGUGGGGCAGAGAAAGUCGCGGCCUGUUGUAGAGGGGACACGCUGUGUCCCAGCGGAAUUGGAACGCCUGUCGGGAGUUCGCCGGCAGGGACGUCGCGGCGGACGCUUGCUCACGCCGUCGAUGUAGGUCCCGUGCG